ACCUAGUGGCAGUAGUAGUGGCAGGUGGCAACGCUCAAAUUCUGGAUAAGUACCGUUGGAUUCCUAACAUGCUGGUGGAGACUUAUCUGCUGUUGAAUCAAGAUUAUAUGAAUAGCUGUAUUUUAUGUAGUCUCUGAGCUCGAGUCAUCCGAUCAAGUCGACUUUUUGUUCUCUUUUUUUACUGUCGUUUGCUGCCAUUUUGUUUUCUCUUCAGAAAAUGACCGCCAUCCGCAAUAUGAGUGAGUUUCACAAACGCUUCGAGGCGGCCGAACAUAAGGUGAUUGUUCUGGACUUUUAUGCCACAUGGUGCGCCCCGUGCAAGGACAUUGACAAAGUGGUUAAAGCACUCGCGCGUCAAUACGCUAGUAAAGUGGAAGUAAUUAAAAUAAAUGUGGACAGAUUUGAAGAUUUGGUGGAAACUUACAAAGUUCGCAGCAUGCCAACAUUUGUGUUCAUCAAGAACAAUCGAAAAGUAGGCCGAGUCAUUGGAGCAGAUGAGCACAAACUAAAGCAAACGUUGUCCAAAAUCUGCAAAUGAACGGGAAUAUAAUGACGCAGGCGUCGCCCUCCAUAACAUAUUGCUAAUCAAAUAUUUUUAAUAUGUACUAGAUAUUACUUGUAACUGUAACGUCAGCCAUUUUGUGAAUCUAGGUUGUUUGAGCAUAGCAUUUAGGCUCCAGUUUGAUAUAUUUGUAACGUAAAGAGCAUAUGCAAUAAAUAGUUCUAGACACGAUUAUAUAUAAAUAUCAAAAAACGAAAAUGACUAAUUGACACAUUAAUACUAUCAAUUUUUUUACUUAGCGACUAACGACAUAUCUACAAAAAACCAUCCGUAUUCUCCAACGCGAUAUAAACACGAUAACCAUAAGCGUAAUGCGUUCGAGCGAAAUGUCCUCUUUUGCUGUUUCAGUCCAUAAGCACUAGUUAUUCCCACACAAAACUAUCAAAGAUGGAAACAUUCAGAGUAAUGAAUGAAUGCAGUAAUGAAUACACAGAUUUUGUAUAUUUUGGAUUCCUGCUCCUCUUCCCUCGAAUUCGCACAAAAGUAUUUGAAGCACUAAAGACUUGUGCUUUUGGCAAACAUAUACAUGCACAAUGUCAUUAUUAGGAACAACAAAUUUCAUUAGA